GAUGUUGCUAAGUGACUUCCAACUUCUUGGGACCAACUACUCACAUGAAUACUCUUGAUAUUAAGCGGCGGAGAGGCGCAGGCUAUGGUGUAAGCGAGGAGAAGCUAUCUCAUCAACUGAAUGGAAGAGCCACACACUGUGCUGUAUCAGUAGGUGAUUCACUGUAUGUGUGGGGUGGUGAUCAGGUUGAUUUACCUAAAGUACAUGAUAGUGAAGAAAAGACAAGGAUCACUAGUCAUGUACAGCACUUUACCCAUUCAAAUGGCCAAUGGGUCACUAGAGAUACUACUGGUAGUCCUCCAUUAGGAAUCAUUGCAUAUUGCUGUACUGCAAUAAAUGAUCAAUUGUAUUAUUUUGGGGGAUAUUGUAGCCAUGACAUCUGUUGUCAUAACAAUCUUACACAACUGGAUACCGUUAGUUUUCAAUGGACAGAAUUAGAACCAACUGAUGCAAAUAGACCAGUUAUGAGGAGAGGUGAUGGUGGAAUGAUAUCAUUUGAACAUGAUGGAGUACACCAUUUACUAAUGAUAGGAGGACUAGGAUGUAAACCAGCUGUACAACUACCUCAUUAUAAAUAUAUUAAGUUCGCUGGUGGAAGAUGGCAUACUAAUGAGCACUCAAUAUAUAAUAUAUCAUCAAGAGAAUGGACUAAUCCUUCAAUCAUUGGUCAGUGUAUACCACCUGCUUAUGCCUUCAUCAUUGAAAAGAUCAACAACACUAGAGCUGUUCUGUUUGGUGGAAUGGAGACUGAAGAUGAUACUGCUCUGUUUGGUGGGCUAGAAACUGAUGAUGAUCGAACCCUUGCUCGAAACAAUAUUUAUAUAUUAGAGAUAUCAAUCAGCACUGUGUUCUGGCAGUGUAUAAAGAGACCUAAAGCAAUAGAUCAAUGGCCAGUGGGUAGAUAUUAUCAUGCAGGUGCUAUUAUUAUGAUUGGAUUAGACUGUCCUAUGCUAGUGAUAAGUGGUGGGUGGGAUAAGAAUAAUGACACAUUAGAUGAUUGUUGGAUCUUUAAUGUCACUCAACAUGUUUGGAUAAAGUUAGAUGCGCCUCACUCUGUUAGUAAGAGAUGGGCUCAUUCUCUCUCAGUGUUCAAUGUGAGUCCUCAUUGUGUCUGGAUAAUAACUGUUGGAGGAUUUCUUGAUAAGAUUUGCACACUAGUCACUAAUCCUAACAUUGCAAUGUUAACUGAACUAGUUCUCAACAGUGAUAGUGAGUGGACAGUAGGUGAUACAUUUGAUACCAGUGGCAUGACUAGCGAGUACUACAAGAAGAGGUAUCAGCAGCAACUACAGUUAGGAAGAAGAAUAUGGUUGGAGGAGUAUCAGAAACUAAAAAAAGGAGAUACAACUGAUACUGAGCAAACCAUACAAGCUCUUAUGAUGUGUCUUGAAGAGAAGGAGAGAGAAGUAAAAGAAAAAGAAAAAGAAUUACAAGAAAAGGAGAAUGAAAAGGAGAGAGACGUAAAACUAUUUCAUUGGCAAAUGGAGCAGAAGGAAGCAGAGAAAGAUCAAGAAAUAAGAAGAUAUUGUCAGCAGCUACAAGAGAAGGAUAGAGAGGAGGCAGAGAGAGAGGAGAGACAUCAAAACCAGUUACAAGAGAAAGAUAGGGAGCUACAGGAGAAAGAUAGGGAGCAUCAGGUGGCACUGCAGGAGAAGAAUAGGGAGCUACAGGAGAAGGAUGAAAAGCUACAUCAGUCUCAAGAGGCAGUUCGUAGGUACCAGCAACAAACACUUACUGAUGAUCACUGGGUUAUUAAUAAAGAUGAGGUGACUUUGACAAAGGAGGAGUUAGGGAGAGGAUCUUAUGCUGUCGUUACAGUCGGUAUCUUUAGAGGUUUAACAGUAGCUGUCAAAUCACUUCAUAAUAUCAUCAUCUCUGAUUAUAAUCUAGGUAUCUUCUCCAGGGAAAUGAGUGUAGCAUCACGAGUACGUCAUCCUAACCUGGUCCAGUUUAUUGGUGCAACUAAAGUAGGUAAUCCUCUCAUCUUGACCGAGCUGAUGAGCACUAGUCUUAAUCAGGAGCUUCACAGAAACCGAUUAACCAAUCAACAGAUUCUGAGUAUUGCUCAAGAUGUAGCUUUAGGCCUCAACUACCUUCACCUGUUUAAGCCUCAGCCUAUUAUUCACAGAGAUGUGAGCAGUCCUAAUGUAUUAUUAAAGCCUUGCACUGGACCUGCUGGUUAUGAAGCUAAAGUAGCAGAUUAUGGUACAGCUAAAGUAGUGCAAGAAGGUAGUAGUGGUACUGCUUUUCCAGGCAAUGUUGCAUAUGCUGCACCAGAAGCUUGUGAUCCUAAUCAAAACAGUCCAGCAAUGGAUGUCUACAGUUACUCUGUUCUCCUUAUGGAAAUGAAUUUACAUUCUAAACCGGAAAUGACAAUUAAAGAAAGGGCACGACAAUCUGGUAGUGUCUCCUGGUCUGAUAUGAAGUCUCUCAUACAAAGAGGACUUAAAAUUGAUCCUAGAGCUCGUCCUACUAUGGCUCAAGUAGUAGAGUCAUUGAAAAGGAUAAACUAA